AUGAACAAGCUGCAAGGCCAGCCUGACAGCUACGAUAAGAAAGCCAAAUACCGCUUCGGAAAGACGCUGGGAGCAGGAACCUAUGGCAUCGUUCGAGAGGCGGAGGUCGGUGGAGAAAAGGUUGCUGUGAAGAUUAUUCUCAAAAAGAGUGUCAAAGGCAAUGAGCAGAUGGUAUACGACGAGUUGCAGAUGCUGCAAACCCUGAGUCAUCCACACAUUGUUAAAUUCGUCGACUGGUUUGAGUCGAGGGACAAGUUCUACAUCGUGACCCAACUGGCCACUGGUGGAGAGCUAUUCGAUCGCAUCUGUGACAAGGGCAAAUUUACGGAGAAAGACGCCUCGCAGACCAUUAAGCAGGUCCUCGAGGCGGUCGAUUAUCUCCAUGAGCGAAACAUUGUCCAUCGAGAUCUGAAGCCAGAAAACCUUCUCUAUCUCACCAGAGAUCCUGAUUCCCAACUUGUCCUUGCCGACUUUGGUAUCGCGAAAACACUAGAGGGUCCAGGUGCUGUCCUCACCUCGAUGGCUGGAUCUUUUGGCUACGCCGCCCCCGAAGUUAUGCUCAAACAAGGUCAUGGCAAGGCUGUGGACAUGUGGUCUAUGGGAGUCAUUACUUACACUUUGCUCUGCGGCUAUUCUCCUUUCCGCUCUGAGAAUCUUGCAGACCUCGUGGACGAAUGCAAGAGCGGUCGGAUUAUCUUCCACGAGCGGUACUGGAAGGAUGUCAGCAAGGAUGCCAAAGAAUUCAUCUUGACACUAUUGCAACCGGAACCCAAGCGACGGGCGACAAGUAAAGAAGCACUCAAACAUAUCUGGCUGACUGGUGAGACGGCUUCGGAUCACGAUCUCUUGCCAGAGAUCCGAUCAUACCUGGCGAAGAUGAAGUUGAAGCGCGGUAUCGAGCUCGUCAAACUGGCCAACCGAAUCGACGCCCUCAAGAUGCAGGACGAAGAAGACCCCGGUUCGCCUGACUCAAACGACAUACCUGCAAACGCACAAAAUGCUGCCGGCUUAGCGGUGAAGAACCACGUCCGGGGAGUUUCUCCUGGACGAGGUCUUGCCACAAAUGAAACAGGAGAGAGGAGACCUCUGAGCAAUGCUGCAAAGAGUGCAAUUUUCCGAGAAGUCGUUCUAGCCAAAGUCAGGGAGAUGAAGGAUAAAGAAAAGACAGACAAGCUUGUUGCGGAUAUCACAAAGGAACAUGAAAGGAGGAAGAGCUUCACUGGUGCACGCCCUCAAUGA